AGGCUAGCUACUGAGAAGGUUUUCCCGUUCGGGUCUGAACUUUCUUCGAAUUUUCACGUCGAUCAGGCGUCCGGGCUGAACUGGCCAUCGGCAUGGGUACCCCGGAGGAGUCCGGGGUGGUCCAGGUCAGCUAAGGAGAGGCGAACCGGGCCAGAGGGGUAACCAAACAGCCAAAAGUCUCCGUGGUUAGUAGCACUCGGAUCGCGCCAGGGAGUGGAAACUCGGUGAUCGUCCGAUCGGUGAAAAUCAACCUGUAGCUUUUUUUCUUUUAGCGUAUCAGCCAGAAAAUCGUCAUUGGCCUGGUGGCAAUUUUCCAAAGAAGAUUUUCCAUAUGGUUUUCUGUAGGAAUUAUGCCCCACAGACUUCGGCCUGAUAUUGCUGUUCGGGAUUUUGAAAACUAGGAAAGCACCCGGCUAGGCACCCAACGACCCUAUGAAAUUCUUAAGAAAUCCACGAAAUCUUGAAACGAAAUUAAUUUUCAAAUUCCCGGAACAAGGGAUAAAUACGUAGGCCCGAGGAAUUUUUUUUAUUAGCUUUUGUUGGCUGCAGAUGCCCGGGAGGAACGAUUGUUACCGUUGGCGUUUGAAAAGCUCUUAAACUUCCUCUCAACCGAGGGCAGCAUCGGUCCGAGUCGAAAGCUCGAGCUUAACGACGACAGUUGCUUUAAAAGUGUGCUCAAUUCGAAUGAUUUCGAACAAUGCGGACUUUCCGCAGUUCCGCGCACCCUUUUACAAUUAUGCAGUUCGCACGAUCGGAGCGGCGAUGCAGCUGGUCAAAAACUGUGGAACGAGGGAAGGCGCGAGGGAGGACAAAUAUUUCCAGCGGUUGAACCGCUCGUUUGAUCCGACGAGACGUUGUUCGAACAGCAACGGAAUUUAUCUGCAGUUUUUUUAAGCACCACUGACGUCACGUAAAUUUCACACGUUACGUUUGCUACGCCAUCUUAGUAGUUGGUACCCGAGCGCCGCAUUUUUUCUCUUCAUCUGGUGCAGCCCCCAGUUCGUUGUCGUCGAUGCACCUCGAUGCAGUUUGCUGAAAAAUACGCUCGCUCUCGCAGAGCCGAUAAAAAUAAGUUGUUCUUUCUCCUUCUAAUCAUUGAAACUGUACUCCAAUUUAAACGAGACACGCGCGGAUUUUAACAUGUGAAAUAUAUUGUAUCACCGCUUCUGUGCUGCAAGUGCAGCUUUAAAAUAAAAAUAAUUAUUGAUAUCACCGUUACCUUUUUCUAUUCUCUGUCAUCUGUUCUUUUUUUCUUUUAUCAUUUAUCGUGUCAAUCGGUGAUAAUUGGACAAGGAUAUAAGGGCCGAAGUGGUAAAAGAUUUGUUCGAACGAAUGUGGUUCGAGCUACCGACCAGAGUGACAGACGCAGGUCUGGACGGAGAGAAAAAGAACGAUUGGAUGAGAAACGGUGUUAAUUGCCGGUGAUGGACAAUGAACAGCCGCACCAGGAACUGGUCAAGUGCGUCGUCGUGGGGGACACGGCCGUUGGAAAAACUCGUCUGAUAUGCGCAAGGGCUUGUAACAAACAAGUGUCUCUUUCGCAGCUUCUAACGACACACGUACCCACCGUCUGGGCCAUCGAUCAGUACAGAAUUUACAAAGAUGUCCUCGAACGCUCGUGGGAAGUGGUCGACAACGUGAACGUCUCCCUCAGGCUAUGGGACACUUUCGGAGACCACGAGAAAGACCGACGAUUUGCUUACGGCAGAUCGGACGUGGUGCUGCUAUGUUUUUCCAUAACAAAUCCGGUGUCAUUGAGGAAUUGCAAGGCGAUGUGGUACCCGGAGAUCCGUCGCUUCUGUCCUCAAACACCGGUUCUCUUGGUCGGUUGCAAGAAUGACCUUCGUUACAUGUACAGGGACGAAACUUACCUGAGUUAUUUCAGAGACAGGAGUCCCUUCGUCAGAGCGACGCGGAAGAGCGACCUGGUAAUGCCCGACCAGGCGAGAUCCGUGGCAAGAGAACUCGGCGUCUAUUACUACGAGACGAGCGUUUUCACGUACCACGGGGUGAACGAGGUAUUCGAAAACUCGAUCCGAGCAGCCCUAAUUGCGAGGAGACAACAACGAUUCUGGAUGACAAAUUUGAAAAGAGUCCAACGACCUCUUCUUCAGGCUCCGUUCUGUCCACCGAAGCCGAUUCCACCGGAAGUUUCUCUCGCCCCGAGUACCUACGAGGAAAACUUCAAGGCUUUAUGGAUGAAACCGGUGCACACCGACGUCAUACUGGUAGCUGGAGGAACGUCUUUUCCAGCGCAUCGUUGCCUACUCGCGGCAGCUUCACCAGCUUUUCACUGGCUAUUCUCCAUUGAACUUGUGCAGGAACUGACACCGCGCAGCUCUAGCGAGUCGAGCAUGGUGAGCACUUUCGGGGAAGCGACGGUCGGGGAUUUCAAUGACGAUACGGAAUGUCUGAUACGUGUCGAUCAGUGCAAACCUGCCAAAGUCUGGGAGCAACUGAAACGACGUUCCAGUUUCCAAGUGCUUCCGACGAUGGACAAUCACAGGAAACCUAUGGGAGCAGUGCGAGAAUUCAAUCACCCAGCUUUCCAGAAUAUCAGAGUAUCUCUGACUGAAAAUUCUAGCAACGUACAACAGCAAACGAUCGUCGUGACGCUGUCUAAAGUCAUAACGCCACCGGCGAUGCAACAAUGCUUGCAGUUCAUAUACGCUGGAAGCCUCGACAAGCGGUACAACGAUCUGCAGACAGCUCCUAUCGGUCUCCUACUGGAAAUAAGACAGGCUGCUGAAUUUCUGAAGCUACCUCAACUCCUGAUGGUACUGAACAACAUACAAACGAGGGAGCAAUUUUACAACAGCAAUCUCAACAACCAGUACAAGGUGGUUGUCAGGCAACGCUUGGAGGACAUUUGCCUCAGAGAAGGACUCUUUGCCGAUGUCAUGUUCGAACUGGAUGAUGGAAUCAUGCCGGCGCAUCGAGCUAUACUGACCGCCAGAUGCGACAUGAUGAAGGCAAUGUUUUCCGGUGACUUUCGCGAAAGUAGUGCUAAGGUGAUAGUGUUCCCGGGGGUCAGAGAGUACACUUUCCAUAAGCUGCUCUGCUAUAUCUACACGGAUGAAGUGCCGGCAAUUUCGUCGGCUCGAUGUCUGAAUCUCCUCGAGUUGGCGAACCGUCUUUGUCUACCUCGUCUGGUUAAUUUGGUUGAGAAUCGAGUCAUCGAGGAUCUCGAUUUGCUCUCCCAGAACGACGGAAACGAAGCCGUUGAAAAUUGUCUGAGGCUACUAGAGCCCUGCAAGUUGCACAACGCCGACCAGCUUGCCGACUGGUGUAUGAAUCAUUUAUGCGUAAACUACAACAAGUUGUGUAAAAUGUCACCACGAAGCGUUCGUCUUUUGCAUCCUGAAAAUCAGGAGUAUUUGAACGAGCACCGCUGGCCACCCGUCUGGUACUUGAAGGACUACGAUUACUAUCAGAAAUGUCUGGCGGAGCAGGAUAAGGAGAACAAACCAACGUUAAAACGUAACCGUAACCAAUCCGGUUGCCUCUGUUUUACGGGUUCGACAAAAGCUAGACGCGAAGCGGCAACUCCUGCGAGUGAAACUCCUGCGGAUCGACCACUCUUCGACGCUUCGACAGAAUCUGGUGAACCGGUAUGACAGGAACAAGGCGGCUCUAGCCGCUCGGUCAGGUUCAUCCUGAUCCUCCCGGUGCUGAUGGUAUUCAUCUGCACCAUUUUUACCAUUUUGAUACUGCUACAGAUUUAUACUUAAGUACAUCUCGAUUAUAUAUACCAUAAAAUACAUUAUUAUACACAUACGUUAGAUAUUGAUAGGUUGUAAGAUCGCGACCGAUAUUCAUCGAAUUCAUUUCUUACGCGUUGAUAUACCUUUUCACAAUCCGCUGUGCCAGUCACAUGAUCAAUUCUAACAUACGUUUAAAUGUGUUAUUCCAAACGUUCCCGUUACGUUACAUUACAUUAUUGUCAUAUUACGUACAUCUACCUACCUACUAUGAAAGUGAAUCGAUUUCUCUGCUCGCGUGAUCGUUCGCCGAUUUAAAAUAAAUGAUGAUACGAUAUCUUCUCAACUCUGGUGCCGUAGAAUUCUCGGCUUUCAGCUCGUUAUCAUUACAAUUCGAUAAUACCUGUUUGAUGUAGAUUACUUUGAGCACUGCGUUCAUAAAUUUACAAAUUUCCGAAUACAGAGCAAGAAAUUAAAUAAAUCAACAGCAGCAACCUGCGAUUAAGGGUCCAAAACACUUAGGACUUAGUGAGGAAUCUUAGCAUCCGAUAAUUUUGAGAACUGCGAAUUUUUGCUUCUUGAAUUUGAUCGAUUAUCCAAAUUUCUCAACAUCUAAUGCUAAGACGAGACCCCGGAAAUAAAAAAAUUGCGUAUAAUUCAAUCUGAAAUUCAAAAUGCGAAUUGCGAAAAGCGGUCAUAAUUUUCAGCACAAAAUGAUUCGACUCAAGAUACACAUGAAGAUCAGUACCAGGAAGAGUGUUACAGGAGUGGUCGAUUUGUAUUUGAGGAAAUUUAAAAAUGAAUGAAGCAUUUCGGGGAUAAUUUGCUUCCGAUGGAUAUACGAUAACGAAUUUUUUAAUUGCUCACGAUAUUUCACGAUUUCACCAACCGCGAUAUGUACUAUAGGUAUAUUUUAGAGGGUGUUUCGCUACAGUUCUUCGAUACUAGACUAUCAUUUUAUUCCGUCGCCCUGUUCAUACAUCAUAUCAAUUCACCAACGUCGAUUCGCGCAUUAAAAUCGUAUCAACCGUAAUAAUCAAGAAGAAAUAAACACUAAAAUCACGGAUCUGAGAAACCUCGCGAGACAGGUAGCUGAUAAAAAUAAAGAAAAAAAAGAAAACAGAAUAAAAAUUCAUCGGAGCAGCUGAUCCGAUAAUGUGUUGAUGCAGAAUCAAUAUCGCGCUUGCAUGCAAAUAGAAUCCCACUAUCCAUCUAUUCUCAUAGAAUGAAAAACGAAAAGAAUCACGUGGAUUGAAGUAGAAUAAUAAUCUAAUCAGCCGAGAUUUUUUACUCACAUAAGUCGCAAAUAGCCAAAUAUAGUACAAAUUAAAAUCUCAAAUUAUCUAACGCUAACGGCGAAGAAAAUUAUAUGCCUGCAGCAUUUUUCCAUAAUCUGAUAGGCAGGGAAAUGAAAUUAUUCCGAAUUAAUUGGUCACGACAGGCGACUUAUUUAAUUAACCAAGUAGGUAUACCGCGCUUUUUGAAGGUAUUUUCGAAAGCCAACUAUUCAUGCCUACCUAUUCAGAAUGAAUAUAAAACAACAACGUGAUUUUCAUUGUCCAAAAUAUUCAUUGAAAAAUACCUACAUUCAGCGUGAUGUGAUAACUUAUUUGUUAGUUGCAGUUUUCCACGUACCGAAAAAUAGUUCUAUUGCAAUAAACGAACCCUGAGAAAAGAACGUAAUAUAUGGUCAUUGUUUUUCCAACGAAUCGACUAUGUGAACAAUAACUUAUAAUUAUUAUUUCUGUGCUUUUAUAAUUACCGACUUUGGUGUUUUUCUUUUCAAAUUUUAAAUUUAGAAAUUUUUUUUAAUUACUUCAAAAUCACCCACGAGCGAACAUGCUUCGAUUGUAGAUACUUUUAUAUGACGGAGCAUUGAUCACUUCGCGUUUGUACGUGUGUAUAGAUAUGAAUAAGAUAUUUGUUAGAUCAUUUGACGAAUAAUAGAAACACUUUCGAUAUGGAAGCGCAAGCUAAGGAAAAAUCAACAUCUGUGUAAGACGUUGUAGAAACGAUAGCAGCGAUUAAAUUUAUGUAAUAUAAGCGAAUAUAGAAUCAUUUAGGAUCAUUCAACAUGAAGAAUUUAGUACUGACUAAGUUGGAUUGUCAAUGAUUAAAUAUUCGUCGUUCGAAAAUCAAUCGUAACUACUCAAAUCUCAAUAUUAUGGAUCACUCACGCUGCACUCUUGAGGGUACGUAUCCAAAGAUAUAAUUCAAUUGUGAAGAUACGCUAAGAAUUAUCCUCGCUUACAAUAUAAGUAAGAAAAUAAACGAUUAGGACACUUGAUUUUGACUAAUAUCUUACGUAAGAUAAUCAGUAAGCAAUACGGAUAAAUUUCAUUAUAAUUAUUAAGACGAGUGAUAUGAAAUCUGAGAACACUCUAUAAUAAUUGCUAAAGUUGUCUGAAAGAACGUUAAUCCGAAUUAUCACAAGCAAUGAAUUUGCACAAAGAAAAGAAAAGUGAGACGUAAGCAAAUUUGUUAAUCGUAGACCGAUAACUUAGCAUAGGAGAAAAACAACCGAUAAUACUUUAGCGAGUUAGCGAGAUUUCAUUAAAAUGAUGAAUAAUUCAUACAAAAAAUACCAUGAAUUCCUUCGAAACAUUCCACUAGUGUGUAAAAAUUAAUGUAUAGGGGAUCGUACAAUGAUUUUAUAUCGCAACUCAAAAUGUUGUCGAACAGAUUUUACGACCAGUCUUCAAAUUACAGAAGGUACAAUGAUGUCACUGGCAUGCAUUUCUUAUUCGAAACUUUUUGCAAGUCUUACAUUAAAUGUCUUGUCAUGAAAAAGUGUAACAUGUAAUUUUUCGUACGCUGUAAAUGGUCCUCUGAUUAGCUCAUUGAUUCAUAUCAAGCGACUUAGAAGCGACUUAGUACUGCCUUUCAGUACAGGCAAAGCCUCAAUGUUGGGUACCAAGUUAGGUAAGGAUAUUAACAUACGUCCUAGUUUAAUGCUACGUCAAUUUUCAUGUCAAUGUAAUCCUUACAAUUCAGAUACGUGUAUAUUUUCUACUGAUGUUCGGCAUUCUACUGUAACUAACGAUAAGGAAUAUUGAAAACGUCGCAGAGAUACCGUUAGGUUACGAAACACACUAUUGCAAUCAUUACAAUCACUGUAGGUGAUCUGCAAAAUGAUCAGGAAAAUUCAACCAGCUAAUUUGACGAUAUUGGCAGAACGAAUGAAUGAUGAUAUAUCUGUUCAUUUUAUUCUUAAAAAUGGGAAAUCGCAGAUUUGCUGCUCAUUUUGCUCACAUUGUGUGAAAAGUAUCCUGCUUUUUCUUUAAUCAAAACUCUGUUUGGUUUCCCACAAUGUGUAUUGGAAGGGAAAAUAUGGUAUUAUUAACUUAUUGGUCGUCUAGUAAUCUGUAAUAGCUGGGAUAUGGCUGAUGUAGAUUCUCGCAUCAGUUGUAACACCAAAAACGAUGUCAUCGAAACAAUAAAAAUAAUUAAUAGCUUGAGAAAGAAUUGGAGGAGAUGGUGAAUUAAUCAUAAGCUAAUACAAAUGUAGGAAAACGUUUCGUAAUAAAAAAAAAAUCUCAUUUUA